AUGGCAUUCUCACUCCCCCAAACUGAGACCGAGGUCUCCUCCCUCCCGCCAUCCGACUGUCCCCGCCGCAACCCUAAAUCCCGCAUCCACGAAUUUCUAAUGGAAGACAUCCGUGAAGACAUCCUUCUAGAAGCCGAACUCCUUCUCUUAUCUUUUGCAACAGGCAUCCAAGAUGCCGCCGCUUGGCCAGACUACAUGUGUUUCGCCUCAAACCAGACAGGGAAUACGCUUUUCCUCGCAAUCGGUGUCGCGGGCUUAACGCACAACCAGUACAGUUUCUCCAACAUUGGGGUCAGUUUGUCUAUGUUUGUCGCUGGGGGCUUCAUUCUCGGACAACUCGGGAAUUUAAUUGGCGUGCGCAAGCGUCUCUGGCUACUUAUAUCCAACCUGAUCCAAACAGCGCUCGUUUUCUGCGCUCUUAUCGUCCAAUACUCCUGGCCUAUACGAAGAGACGGGCCAGCUGCGAUGGCAGUUAUUGGGUUAUUGGCUUUUUCAUCUGGUGGACAAGUGGCCAUGGGUCGAAGUUUGAAGAUCACGGAGAUUACGACGGCGAUGGCGACAGCGGCAUUUGUGGAUUUGGUUGUUGACCCGGAUCUGGGCAAGUUGAAGAAUCGAUUGAGGAAUCGACGGGUUGGGUUUUUGAUCAUGUUAGUUUCGGGGUGUUUUGUCGGUGCAUUUGCGGCGAGGGAGGUUAGUUCGAGUUUCCCGAUACUGCUUUGUGCUGUUGGGAAGGCCUUGGUUUGCGUUGGGUUUUUGUUUAAUCGACCUAUAAAGGAGGAUAAUAGAAGUGAGGAGGAUUUGAAGGUAUAA